AAGUCCUUUGGCAAAUGAUCAUGAUGUAGUUCUAGUUAUUUUCGUAGCAUUAUUAGUUUAUUCUUCCCGGCGCCCAGGAGAAGACAUUCGGCGUAAGGGGGGCAACGUGGUAUUUAUGUCUUUGAAAAAUUUACAGUGCAGUAAUAUCCAAAAUGAUGCUCACCCACAAGAAUCUGCGGCGUCGCUCUCGCGAAUACCAUAGCGCGUACGAUGGAACGGCACCAUAUGGAAGCGUCAGGUUUGAAAUCGACAAAGUUGAGAAUGAGAUAGUUUGUGAUGCAUAAAAUGCAACCCACAAAGAGCCGGUCUAGCAGAGUAGGCAAGGGAGACAGAUGGUAAGCCUGUUGAGGGGUAGAAAUAGAGGUGCUAAAGUAGCAUGAUAGAAGGCGGCUUCCUUACCCAAACAGCAUUACAAACUGGAUCCCGGUAGUUCUACCCAAAUUUGUCAUGCGCCACUUGAAAACUAGGUACCAACUGGUAUCCGUUUUAUGCAUUGCAAAUUACUCCAACUUUGACGAUUUCAAUCCUGACGCUUCCAUACACCAGCGCGGGGGAGCGGCACCUCCAACGACCCCUCGAAUGCAUCUUCAACCGGCGGAGAGGUUAAUCAAAUUAGCAGGGAACAACUAGGAACAAACAGUGGUAAUAUCAACUGUGAAAAUGUCUGGGUCUGGCAGAAUUCAUGUUUGUCAUGCUUGUCUGGCAUGACUCUUAAAUCUGUCAUGCACGUUACCCAAGAGCUCCGUUUUUGAAGCGCAGUUUGUCAUGCAGAAUAGGCAACACCUAGGAGCUCGGAAACUUGUCAUGCUGAGCCAGCAUCUGUAGCCUCAUCAUGAGACGCCACGCAGCAUCACAAGUUUCCAGACCCAGACCCUUUUACUUUUGAUACAUAAUGGAGGCCAACAACUCCAAACCGGUCCUCUGGGGCUUCCCGUAUGAAAGCCUCAGGUUGGAAAUCCUCAAAGUGAAAAAAAUUUGUAAUGCAAAAAAACGACUCCAGUUGGAGCACCAUUUCUAGUCGGCGCAUGACAAAUUUCCCGGGCACUCAAAACGUGUCUGUCAUGCUAGGUAGGCAAAGGGGUGCCCUUCUGUCAUGCUAAUCAGCAUCCCAAUUCUGAACCCGUAGAAGCACAGUAGUCGGCCUCCAUUACGUUCUCUGCAAUACAGACUUUUUGGUGUCGCAUUACAUGCAUCACAAAUUAUUUCCACUUUGAGGAUUUCCAUUCUGAGGGUGUCAUAUCCCGCGCCGGGGUCGUCCACCCUCC